CGUAUUUAAUGUCAAAAUAGUCGUUCUUGUCUUUGAAUGUUGGAAGGUUAUUGUUAGAUAGUUAAAUAUAAAUAAUUAGGUUUAUAAUUGUGUUAACUUCAAUAUUAUGUACAAUCUUGAACUCAUUAAGGUGAUAUUUUUCCAUAUGUUUUAAUUGUGUUCACAAAGGCUAAUUUCCAAAAUAUUUUUCUUUCAUGAUGUCAAGGAAUAGCGAUUCUUAAAUACCGUAAUUUUGAAAUUCAGGGAACAUUGAAGCAAGCAUGCGCAGCUCGAUCGAAGGGGAAGAACCCCCGCACUCGUGUGCCGUGCCCUCCGCCCCUGGCUCGCGAAAAAAGAGGUUCCCUACCCGCUGGUCCCUGCGACAUUUGAUCUAUUCUAGUCCAAUUUUGAACAGAAGGAGAAAUCAAAGUGCAUCUGGUCCUUCAAAGAACACAACAAAAACCAACAAAGAAGCCCUAGAAGGAAGCACGUCAUCGAAAGUCCACCAAGUCGAAGUUCAUCAAAAUGCCAGCCGAAGCUCCUCGUCAUCUGGCGAAAAACGAAAAAGUCACACGCCAAUGAAGAGAAUAGAAUGCCCGGUAUGCCUAUUGGAACUCCCUCCAGAAAGAUUUUGCGAGCUGAACGCUUGCGGCCAUCGAGCCUGUGACAGUUGCUUUAAAGAGUAUCUAAGAGUGGAAAUAACCGAAUCCAGAGUUUGCAUCAAUUGUCCGGAAUGCUUCGAACCGAUGCAUCCCAAUGAGAUUCAGAAGAUUCUCAACAACCCCCGUCUGUUAGAGAAGUACGAGGACUUCAUGGUGCGCCGGGUGCUGCUGAUAGACCCCGACACGAGGUGGUGUCCGGCGCCGGACUGCGGUUUUGCUGUGAUAGCGAGCGAGUGCGCUAGCUGCCCGAAGCUGAAGUGCGAACGACCGGGUUGCGACUCGUACUUCUGUUACCACUGCAAGGCCGAAUGGCACCCCAACCAGACCUGUGAUGCCGCCAGGGCGCAGCGUUCGCCCAACAUACGUUCGUCCUCGAUCACAUACAGUCAGGACUCGCAACAUAGGGAUGAUAUAAAACCAUGCCCAAGAUGUCAAGUCCUAAUUGUAAAAAUGGACGAUGGUUCGUGCAAUCACAUGAUGUGUGCUGUGUGUGGAGCGGAAUUUUGUUGGCUGUGUAUGAAAGAAAUUAACGAUCUACAUUUUUUAAGUCCGUCUGGCUGCACCUUUUGGGGCAAGAAACCAUGGUCGAGGAAAAAGAAAAUCCUUUGGCAGCUUGGUACAUUGGUGGGGGCACCUGUCGGUAUUGCUUUAGUAGCCGGUAUAACUGUCCCAGCUAUGAUUAUAGGCAUUCCAGUCUGGGUUGGUAGAAAACUGUACACACGGUACAAGUCAGUGAACAAGCACAAGCGCAACGCCGCCAUCAUUGGGGGUGUUCUCGCUUCGGUUAUAAUUUCGCCAAUCCUUGCCGGUCUAGCAGUGGGAAUUGGAGUUCCGAUUCUUCUUUUUUACGUUUACGGGGUAGUUCCAGUUUCGUUGUGUCGGUCUGGGGGCUGCGGAGGGUCAAACGCCGCAGAAGAUGGUUCUGCCCUCGUCUCCAGGGCCGGAGACACCUCCUCCAUCGAUGCGGUCAGCACAAAGGGGCCUAACCCUUCCAUAGGUGAAGCAAGUCUGUCUAUGGCUAGUGGGAGUCAGGUGUUAAGAGAUGCGGACCGAGAAUCGGCGAGUGUCGUGGCGCUGUCGGGAAGCGUUGGACAGGGAGCUCAGCGAUUAUACGUUCACGCCGACUUGAUUUCCAAUCAAAGUCUCACGGAAUCUGUUAAUGUCAGCAUUACGGACGACGCAGGCGCGUCUGUUAGAGCUUUGGCUGGUUCAAUUAACAAUUAUAAGGCUGCAGGGAGCGAUUCUUGUAGCUGCGUGACUACAGAAGACUGCGUUUCCGAGCGGGUGAGGUUCGACGACAACGUCAGCUUCAUACAGGCGGAAAAAGCGAGCAUCGGCAGCAGCUGCAGCUUUCGCGCACGGUGCGCUGCCAUCACAAAGUCCGAUCGAGUCUACGACACGCUCAGCAACGACAGUAUCUACAUCGACAUCGAUGACAAGCCGAGAAAAUACUCAUCGACUGCAGCCCUGCUCCGCAGUCAGUUUUUCCAUUCGAUCAAUGACAACAAGCCAACUACCAAGAGUUUAGAGGAGAAGACUAUUAUCGAGGUUUCGAACGAAACUUUGGAUAAACAGUCGCUGCCUCUGAUCGACGAUAACGAAACUAAGGAAGUAACAUUCGACCCCAUUGCGCAAUCACCGGUGCCACAGAAAACAGCGUAUUCAAGUUUUGAGAAUUCAAAACUAUAGUAACCUUAAUGUUGCUCUUCUUUUGAAAGACUGGUGUGCAUAAAAUAUCGUAUUUAUUUAAAUCAUAAAUAUUCGUGCUAUUUACUUCUCUUAUCCAAAAUUUUAAAACAUUUUAAAUUUUCAUUUUUUUGCCUAUUUAUAUCCAAGUAUUUAGGGAAUAGAUUUAGUUUACAACAGAACCUAUAUCUACCUUGUUUAUAUUUUAUAUUUUGGACAUGACAAGAGAAUAGCACUAUCAGUAGUAUAAAUGUGGUUUUUAAUUUUUUUGAAACAUUAAGCUAUAUACCAAUAAAUGUAUAAUUGUAAAAAUAAGCCUACAAGUUUGGUAUUAUUUUAAGAUAUUGGAAAAGAUCUUUGUUUUAUAUUUUGUUUUAAAAAGAUAAGUUUAACAACCCUAUUUAUACCACCAUUAUGUAAAUUUGGCUUACAAUGUUGUUAUAAUAUAACUUAAAAUAUUGGAAACAAUAUUUUUAUAUUCUAGUUUACUGAUUAUGAUAUGUAUAAUUUUAAAUAGAAUAUCUUUAAAUUAUCCUUGUUU